AUAAUUCAGUUUUUACUUUCGAACAGAAUAAUUCAAUACAGAAUGAAAUUCUUCAUUGUUUUCGCUGCUCUCUUUGCCCUCGCUUUGGCUGCUCCCGUUGAACAUGGUGCUGAAAUCGUUCACCAAGAAUCUGAUGUGGAACCUGAGGGCUUCAAAUUCCUUACCGAAACCUCCGAUGGUACCCAUCAUGAUGCCGAAGGCAAAGUAAAGGAUGUUGGCACCGAACACGAAGCCAUCGUUGUUCACGGUUCUUUCUCCUGGGUUGAUGAGAAGACUGGCGAAAAAUUCACCGUUAACUAUGUUGCUGAUGAAAACGGUUUCCAACCCGAAGGUGCUCAUUUGCCCAAACCUGAACAUUAAGUUGAAUUUAAUAUAUUAAAAGACCUUUGAAUUUAAUAGUAUUUUUGGAAAAUAUAUGUUGCAAUAGAAUAAUUAAAUUU